AUGAACGGCCAUGAGUACCCGUUUCGACCUGCAGCGCAAGGUAGUCACAGUUUAGCUCAAGGCGCACGCCGCGGCAGUUCCGACAGGCUUGCACCUCCACGCCAGCUCAGCCCCGAUACCGCAGAAUCGCAGCCGCGCCUCGCCUGUCCUUACUAUAAGCGCGCGCCCAACCAGCCCCCCAAGCGGGCGUCUUGCAUUCAUCCCGGUUUUCCCAGCAUCGCGCGGUUGAAGGAGCAUCUGUACCGACGUCACCAGAUAUUCUGCUGCGUUCGAUGCAACCAACGCUUUGAUACAGAAGAUGAACAUGACCGACACGAACGAGAGGCUCGUUCCCUCUGCUGGGACCGCGGGUACCAACGAGACUACAACGAUGGGUUCGAUCAGAAGCAAAGAGAACGGGUGAAGAAGAGAAUGAAGGCGAGCGAGAUAAAUACAGACGAGAAAAAGUGGCGGGAAAUCUUCCGUGUACUGUUUCCGGAGGACCAGGAGAUGCCUUAUACGCCCUAUUGCCAUGGCGCGCCUUCUUCAGAGCUGGAUAACUACCACCGGUACUUCCAAGCCCAUACCGACCGCGUUCUUCAGCACAGGCUCGGCUCGACCCCGAACGAGGCGAUGAAGAGCCUCGUGCGCGACGUGCAAGAGCAGCUCUUCGAGGAGUUCCACGCGUUGCAAAGCGACGACGACCGCAGCUCCUGCACUUCUCGGGCCAGCACUCCAGUGAGCAGCAACGCAUCUCCAGGGCCUACUUUUGACUUUGGCUUUGAGGAGGACCCGCCAAUUGCCCCAGCCGAUGAUGGGAUGCAAAACUCGGCGACGAUUUUCUUCGGCGAGGUGGUCGGAGGGGAAGUGACGGUUCCCAAUCCCCAGCACGUCUCGUUCCAGUACCAGAGCACUCAGACGCCUCAGAUCGUUCUAUCCCGGCCCUUCUCACCGGGACCCCAGGCGUGUGAACAAUUCAGGCAGGUCAACAACAUUGCGCACGUCAAUAUCGCCGGCAACUCUCACCCAGUGUCAGCCUACUACAACAGCUUCAAUGGUGGGGAAUCUGUUGGGAAUCUCUUUCCGGUCAACCAUCAGGUCCAAACAGAUGUCCGCAUCUCGGAUCCAGACAUGGAUGAAUGGGUAGAUCCGUCGGCUACUGGUCCCAACGCCUUCGGAACCUAA